AUGACCACGAAUACCAUUCGGCAAAGUGCUCCUACCCCAGGAGUGCCGGUAUCGCAGACUGAGGCUGGUAUGUCGAUUGAACUGUUUGAUGUUCAGCGAGAUCUGAGGGUCCGGACUGAGACAGGCCCUAGAGCUGCAGGCGCUUUAGAGGGAGGCCUAGCAACUCGUGAGCAACAAGCACCAUUAAGCAGUGAAUGGACGGCGUGUGUUCCACUGAAUAGGCCCAUCGAAACCGACUUCAUUAUCCCUGGUAACGUGGGCGGCUUCGAGCACGGUCUAGUCUGCAAAGCCCAGGAAGCAUUACGCUCAGCCUUGGUCCACUCAUCUUCUGGCCAGCAAGAGUUGAGGGCAUUUCUUCAAGACGAACGAGGUAUACCGAUGGAGUCGGUGUCACUGGAGUGUCUGACAUGGAUGCUGCAAGAUAUUGGGAGUGCCAAGUUUGGAUCAUAUGUUUUGGACUACUUCAAACAUGUCGCCAAGUCAACCUUGAAACAAAUGUGCUCCAGGCUUUUGUCGAACAAUGUGUCGAACGAUGAGAGGGACGGUGAGAGGGAUAUAUUUACUUUCUGCACCAACGCCGCUGCCCAUAAGUUUCUCACCACUGUCCUCAUGGUUGGGGGGCACGAUAAUGACCUGACAGACUAUCCCCGAAUGAGGUUCUCAGAGUAUAAAAAGUCCGCACAAGCAGCACUGGAUCGGAUUCGGCUCAUGACCGCCCCCUCUCUUUCGCUUCUUCAGGCCAUUCUUUGUGGCGGUUUCCUCCACCAAGGAUCUGGCAACACCCAUUAUUGCUACGAAUUGACGAAGGCUGCUUGUCGAGUAGCCACUGAUUUAGGUAUGAAUCUGGGUAAUGCUGGUGGGUCGCGAAAUGCCAGGGCCGAAGAAGAGAUUUACUGUCUCCUGUGGUGCUAUAUGCUGGAUAAGAAUAACGCAUGGAAGUUCGAUCCUACUCGAUCGUACUUCGACCCCCAAUCCGGGGUGCAGGAUGAAACUUCAUCGUUAGUGAAAAGACUCCAGCUUCUAUCGACACUGCCACAAUCAGCUAGGCCAAUGUUACAUAACUCUAUCGAUAUCUUAUUGCAGAAAGUGGAAGAGGUGCGGCAGCGAAUUGAGAAGAUAUCUCUAGCUUCCCCGCAAUGCUGGAAAGGCGUUGAUGCAGCAGACGAGAUCUCCGCGCUUCACUUCGACAACAAUUCGAUCCGCACCACGAUUCUCUACCUUUCCGAGCAAUUGCAAGGCCAGGUCCUUGGCUCCGGAGAGUUACUUCUCAAAUCUGCACGUCAAGAGCUAUCCUCACUAUUGUCUAUAUGUCUCAUCAAUGAACAACACCGAGCCGUAGGCUAUUUGCAUUGGACCUUAAUGUACUACCCUUUAACUGCAUGUUUCGUUCUAUUCUGUAACGCUGUCAUGGCCUCCAACCUUGAGCACUUGAACCUGCUCAAAACCGUAGCAACAGUUCUGAUGCCCAGCGUCUCGAUGAGCCAUCCCGUCGCUAUCAUCCAGCGACUUGUUGAGGAUUUCGUUGCCCUCUCCCAGCCAGUGUUUUCCAACGGAAGCAUCGGUGCCGGCGAGGUAGGGCAAACGUCGACGCUCCUCCAAAUGCCACCUUCAAUGCUGCACCAUCAGCCUUUACCUACAAAUGAGGCUAUUCUUACCCCCGCUGCUCCUUUCUGGACAGAGCAUACUAGCACACUUCUUCCACCUGAUCUAUCUGAAACGUGGACACCAGACCCGACAGAAAGCCAGCCUGGAUUAUUGCUAGACUUGUCACUGGAUAUUCCUAUCCCCCUGGACUUUGACCUUGCAGAAAGAGUUUCCUGA